UCCAUGGUCACAGGCCAUGCUGCUGGAAGUGUUCACGAGCGUGUUACAGGUCGUGGCUAAUUGUUGUCUUUUUUAUUACAAUUUCAGUAAUUAAAUGUUUAAAGCAGAAUUAUUUAUUUUUUAUUCGUAAAAUCCGAGGGAAAGUGAAACCAAAGAGAGCGAGCUAGCACGUUAGCGAGCCUGUUAGCUUUGAAGCUACGAGGAGAAAUAAUAAGAGUAUAAACUCCUAAUUACAAUUUUUAUAUUUACAUUUAAUAAUGAAAGAAACAAACAUGGCGUCUGACUCUCAGAAAGAGCUUCAACUCAGCAAGAAACAUGAAGAAAUUUUGGGGAAGCGAGCUGUUUUACUGCAGCAGAUGGAGAUUUGUAAUAAGCAGCAAAAAGACAAGAAAAAGCAUCAAGCCACUAUGUCCCAGGUUGCACGGGAAAGGAAUGCAGAAAUCAUGGAGGAUUUCCAAAAAUUAGAAGAGCGUUUUCGGACACGACCGCUUCUGCAUCCCGAUGUUCUGAAACUUCAGACUUGUUAUUGGGCUUUGGUGGAACAGAAGCUCCCAGAAUGGGAAAGCUACUUGCUGGGAAAGAGUCAAGCCCCGCUGAGUGCUGAGAUGGUCUCACAAGGACUCAAAGACACUGAGAAUAAUUCUUCACCUGCACUGAGUAAAGGCAGACCUCCUCGACCCAAACUCAGGUCUGCUGACUGAUGUGAAUUAGGAGAAGUUCCCGGAUCGAGCCCUAAUUGCGAUGAUCAAGCCUGCACUGUGUGACGCGGAGUGGCGGCUUGACAAAUGCGAUCAUCCGGAUGGUCGGGGUUGAAGUGGUGCUGGUUGGCAGCUGCCCGUGUUCCUCAGCUGGGACUCGCUCUUGCCCCCGGAGGUCAGGGCACCAGUCGCCCAGAUGAGUGGGUAGGGAACAAGAGACCGAGGUGCCAAGGUGGGGGUAGUUAUCAAGACGGUGAAUUAUCUAAAAGGGUUUUUGAAGCGCACGAUCUGGAGCCUUUCCAAAUGACUAGUUAUACAUUGUGUAUUCUCAUGAAGAAAGCCCUCGAGCUAGGUUGGCCAUGGACACCACCAUGAAGGAGAGGACAGAAUAGAGAGAAUGGAUUACAAACACACACCUGGACUUCAGCCAACUCUAUGCUUGAUGUCUUCAUUUCAUUAGAUGUGUGUGCUGUUAGAGCCUUGUGCUAUUAUAAAUAGUUUAGAUGUGUGUUUGGGUGUUGCUGUUCUUCAUCUGUUUCUUCCCAGAUAAACCCAUUGUAAUUCACUAUAUGUACAUUAAAGGCACUAAUUUUUGUAACCACACAUAGCUUGCUUUUAAAUGGUAUGUUGAUUGAGACGCAAACACUUGUGACUGUCCUACGCCACCUGUUAUUUGGUCAGUCGAAAGCACAUUGUACUCAUAAUCCCGCAUUGUACUUCCCCGUGUGUUAAACUGAAGAUCAGCUUUAGGGUAGAUCUGCAG